CAAAUUCCGAACUUUCUCUCCGAUGACGAGAUCAAACAGAUUGGCAGUGCUGCGGUGGUUCCACGCUGUGUGUCCCUCCACCGGGAGGACGUAAUUAUUGAGCAGUCGGUAAGUAGCUCCAUGGACUGCUCCUCUGUUACUUACUUUCCCGAGGUCUCGGACGUGGAGCCACAGCUGUUGGAAAUCGGCUGGCCCGCCUCCUUGGCACACUUCCAACCCAGCUAUGGGGAAUGCAUCUAUAGUUACAAGGAAGCUGCGAGAAUAAUGAUAAAAAGUGCCAAGGAGAUAAUAAAUUGUGUGUUGUUUAGUGAUACAGAUUAAUGUUAUAGGUCUAACGUUAUAUGGAAGGACCCAUUUUGUAUUUUACUGAAUUUAGCACACCUCGGAUGUAAAAUUCAAACCAGCCACACAGGGUCGGCUCUAUCCUUUUGGGGGCCCUCCUAAACGAGAUUUGGUUUAGAUAGCUGGCUAGACUAAUUUACCUAUCUAAAAAUUGUUAGCUGACAUGGCUAAUUGAGUGACAUAACAAGAGAGACAUUUCUGACGCACAAUCAAAUUUAUAACUUUCACAUUGUGAAUUCUACUAUUGUAACUCUUAACAGUAAGUUGAGACCAUGACUGGAUUUCUCAGUUUUAAAGCAGGUUUUCUGCAGUUCUACACAUUUUACCAUGAGGCGGAGAGACAUUUUGUAAAUUUUAUAUAAAAUGCUAUGCAAUUCUACUUAUUUUGCCAUGGGGCAGAGAGAGAAAAAUUGCAGUUCUACAGCUCAUUUCCUGCAAUUCUACCCAUUUUGCCAUGGGGUGGAGAGACAUUAUUUAUGUUUUAAAGCUAAUUUCCUGCAAUUCUACACAUUUUGCCAUGACUUAUGCCAUGUUAAUGAUAUCUUAGUAAGAGUGACUAACAAAAUCAAUGCGGGGCCCCCUGGCACGUGACCAGUGAUUUUCGGCCAUGUUUACUACAAGUUUAGAUAGCUGACUAGACUAAUUUACCAAUCUAACAAUUGUUAGCUGACGUCUAUGUUUGGGCUAAAUCGAGUCUGGUCCAAAAAAACAACAUCUGUGGACGUUGAAAUCAAGGCCAGGGCGGACGGGCCAAAUUUAAAUGUCCUUGGACGUCGGAGUCGGACGGUGCUCACUGGGUGACUGACUGGUCUGGUAUAUAAAUAUUGGUGAGGUCUGGAUUAACCUUUAUACUGUUUGAUGUUCAGCUUCUCAAAAGCAUUGUUUUUUUCCUCUUUAUAAUUCACAGUUUCUUAUAGAAAACUAUAUCACCCAUUUUAAGAAGCAGUAGAUACUUGCUCAUAAAGGUCAGACAAAAGAAAGAACCCCAUUAGUGUUAGUUACAUGUUCAAACUCAACACAUUUCUGGACAUGUUCAAACUGUCAGUUUAAUGCAGUUUCCUUACCAUCCUGAUGAGUUAACGUUCCAGAAUGGAGAAUGAGGAAAGGGCACCAAACUCCAAGUCUGUGGUUCAGAGGAGCACCUACAGUAAUAGUACAUCGAUGAAUGUGUCUGAACAUGCUUUUCACAUUUAAUAAUGUUGGUGUGCUCUUUUCUUAAUGCUUAGCCUUGGGUGUCGAUCUGCCUCUGUGUGCAGGUGCGCUGUAGGUAGAUUUACAGCUAAAGUGGAGAUAUCAGAAUUGAGUUGCAAUUAAUUUUAUUUCUCUCUGCUUCAGGCCUUAUAGUUGCUCAGCAUCAGUUUGAGAAUAACAAUUUAGAAAAUGCCCCUUGAUCUGUAGGCUAUUGAGUUAUUAUCCUUGAGAGGGAACAAGAAAAUACAAUUUUAUCAAGGAAAGCUAACAUCAAUGCAACACAUUUCUAGCCUGCUUCUGAAGAAGAUGAGGUCAGACAUCAGCAGGAUGAGCCUGAUUGUCCCUGUCAUAGAAACUCAUUUGUUUGCUGACCAAGCAUUACAUAUGAUUGCAAUGGCAACAGACCACAGUUGACUGCAAGCAAGGAUCAUUUAAGUACACGACAGAGAGAGUGUGGCCAAUAGAGGAGCCGCCUCAGUGUUUUCUCCUUCUUAAUGUUUGAUAAAGACCUGGUUUGUGGGCACAAGCACGUAUAAGAGCCCAUUCAGAGUGACCCUGCCUCACAAAUAGUAAGGCAGAAGAGCAGCCUAUUUUAAAUUGUAAACUGGACCUGAAUGGUGCUUUGACUAACCAAUGAUUGAUGUACCAUUACAGGUGAUUGCCAUAGUGACAGACUCUCUGACAGACCUGGGCAUCUUCAAGGAUCUUCAGGAGGCGUGCGUGCACGUGGCACAGAGUUCCAGUUUACAUCCUGCUGGACCACUCAUGUGUGCCCACAUUCCUCAAAAUGUGCAACAACAUCAAUGUGCGCCUGGACGAGCUUCGGGUAUGUGGUUGUGAUGACUCCACCUUUGUGUUGUGUCGUAUCUCCGAUAAGCACCAGGAUAAGCCAUGAUUACAGUUUCAAUGCAUUUUAUUCAAAUGCAAUGAAACUGAUGGUCAUAUAAUGCAUUGUUUUCAUGAUCAAUGGAAACAUUGAUUUUUUAUGACUUAGUAGCAUGAUCAUGCUGUAUACAUGUUUUAUAAGUGACCAGUGACUGGCUUGUAUUUCAUACUGUUUUUGUUUCAAUCCUCAUUAAAGCAAACGCUAGUGCGGACCAUAACUGGUGGUACGUACUUCAUGAGAUCAGGAGCCAAGAUUACAGGAAAGGUUAAUGAACGGUUCAUGUUGAUUGAUGGGAACAGAGUGGCUACUGGCUCCUACAGGUAAAGAUGUCCUGCUUUACUAAAAAGUCAUUAUACAGUAUAGCAUUGAAAAACGUCCCUGUUUUUUUACAAGACCCCCGAGCAAUAAGCAAUAAAACAUGACUAAAUACUUUCCACUUGUAUGAAUCAAGCUACUGUAAGUGACCUAGCCAUCCUUAUUUGACUGAUAUGGGGUAUAAAACUGUAAAGCAUUUUGAUAACAUUCUUAACAUUAAUUGGACUGAUGGGAACUAAACAGCAGCAACCUGAUUGAGCUGUCUGGCCAGAUCACUGAGAACUUUGAUGAGGAGUUCCGCUUCCUGUACGCUAAGUCCAUGCCUGUUAUUACCAGGGGCCCAGCCAGUGCCCGAAACAGUGGCAUCUACGACCACCUGCUCAUCAAACACCCCGCCACCUCAUCCCCUCAGCCGGCCAGAGAAAGGACCCCAGUCGAGCCUGUUUGUCUGGAAGUAUUGGGAAAAACUGUCUGUCUGACCAUCACACCCAGCCGGGCCCAGGCUGUGGCAGUGCUGCCCCCCAGAGAGGAGACUGGGGAGAGGGGCCGUAAGAGCAGCCCGGUCUCGGAGUCCUCCACCAUAGGGGAAGACUGGAUGGAGCGGCAGCACAUGCAGGAGAUCCUGGCUGGAAGUGCUGCCCGGUGCCUGCCUACAGGUGACCCUGCCACUGUCACAGUAGCAGUGGAUGUGCUGGUCACACCCCCCCACUCCCCGUCAUGUCUCCACCCAGACCAGCUGCCCCAUGGUGGACAGUGGAGUGCAGACAGAUCUGACUCAGUACACUAACCGCCUCUCCCCCAACAAGGCUACAGUUACCCCCUUUACCACCACCAAUAACCAGACCAACAACAUCCAGAAUGAAGCUGCCUCCUCCUCAGAUUACAUCUCUACCUCCCCAGGCAGCACCUCACCUCCCAUGGGGUGGACCAUUGUCCUGCAAUCUGUCACUGUACCGCGCCCCCGAUGGGAACCUGAGGGAGUGCUUCCACAAGCUGACCAAAGAGCGUCAGUAUCACUACUCCACCAUCCGCUCCAAGCUGGAGCACAUGGUGACCAUGCUGUCCCACCGCCGCGAGCUGGUGAACCUCAACAACAUGGCCCUGGGGCCCGGGCUGCACAGAGCAGGCAAAGGCCCAGAAAGAGCGGAGACAGAGGCAGGGGCAUAA